CACACACCCUCUCAGUGAUGGGCUGCUCAGGAUGCUGCCUGUUAUGGAUCACCUGCGUGGUGUUGGUCUUUCUCCAGUGUGGGCAUUGGUCGACAUCUCGGAACAUGGAGAAGAAGAUGGAAGAAGCUGAGAAGUCCUGAAACGAGAUUCUACGGCUUGCCCAGUAUAGGCAGGAGUGGAGGCAAAAAAAAAGCACUGAUGAUGAGGACAAGUACAAGUAUUACAGGUGCUGUGCGUGUGACGGUGAGGGAGUCUGUUCUGGAGGUGGUUCAGGGUGACUCGGUCACUUUACCCUGCUCCUUUCUCACCAUGAUGCCCUUGUUUCGUCUCAGCAUCAUCUGGACACUGACCCCCGCCUCAGAGCCGCACUCUCCAUUACAGGUGAUCGUGUAUGAUCAAGGCCAGGUGAUUGAAAGCCCAGCCUUCACUGGCAGGGUGUCGUUUGCCGACAUGCCCUGGAGUGCAGAUGUCAUCCUGAAUGACACGCGGGUGUCUGAUGCUGGCACAUACCGCUGCGUGGUGAGCAACCCCCCAGAGACCGGAGACCCUGGCAUUGGAGAACUCAGCCUCGGUGUUCUGGCGCCCCCGUCCCUACCUGUGUGCUUGUGGGAGGGGGACACUGAUGCGGGGGGCAGCGUGGCCCUGUCUUGUUUAGUGGUGGAGGGGAUCCCCAUUCCACAGAUGAGCUGGGAAAAGCUGAAUCCAGAAAAGAUCAUCCUGCCUGUCAACAUGGAGGGGGAACGAAUGGGCUCUGUGAAAAUCAUCAACGUUUCUGCACAGAACUCUGGCGUGUAUCGCUGCUCUGUCACCAACCUGCUGGGCACUCAGAACUGCUACGUGAACCUGUCAGUGUACACCCCUUCUGAUGAUUCCCCCGGGGUUCUGCAGGGGGUGCUGCUGACUCUGUUCAUGGCUCUGGUGCUGCUGGCUCUGCUGGUGCUGGUGCUGUGGCUCCAUCGCUCGGCUCAGGAGAGUAAGUGGAGGAACAGGCGUGAGGAUGAGGAGUGCUACAAUGAGAUCAGAUACACCCCCUCUCUCAUCAAGCGCUCAUUUGUCUGAAGAUGAAGAGGAGAGGGGAUGGGGGUCUUUUGCACUGGGACUGAUUUUAAUACUGAUAUCUCAACAUCAUCUUUCUAUGAGCUGUUUUUCCAUGCUGGGCUGAGGGUGGGGGAGGGUUUAGAAGAAGAUAACCUUUUAGUCCAAGUUCAAAAUGUGUACAUGUACUGUACUACUGAUUAGACUUCAAUAAACUAAUUCAACAGACCUUCUUCUCUAUUUUA